GGAACGGAAGUGCAAGUGUGAGAAAGCGGAAGUAAAAAAAGAAAUUACGGGCUUCGUUUGGUUGUUCGAGCCGUUAUGUGUAGUGGAUGGGCCUGCUGGUUAUAAGGCCCUGCGCUUGUGGUCAGAAUCCAGGAAGCCUUGAAGAUGAAGGGCAGCCAAGAAAAACUUUGCACUAAAGAGAGAGAAUUUGUGUAUAAGUUCACUGCCGGAAACCAGCAUUUUGUCCUGACAGUUCCACUGAAAUUCCCACUGCAAGAAAAUGACAACCAUCUGCAUGGGCGCCUGAUGCUUCUUCACAACUUGCCGUGCUUCAUAGAAAACGAUUUAAAAGAAUCCCUUAAUAGAUUCAUUGACGAGGAAUCCAUGAAUGAUUAUGACAGAGAAGCAGAAGCAGCCCUGGAGGCUGUGAAGUCUGACAAAGUUGAUUUGCACCGUCUGACAAAUGCAUGGGCCAGAGCUUAUACAGAGGCAACUCUGGAGCAUGCAAGGCCUGAAGAUCCUAGUUGGGAUGAAGACUUUGCAGAUGUUUAUCAUGAUUUGAUCCAUUCUCCUGCCUCUGAAACCCUCUUGAACCUGGAACACAAUUAUUUUGUUAGCAUCUCAGAAUUAAUAAGUGAAAGAGACAUAGAGCUGAAAAAAUUAAGAGAAAGGCAAGGAGCUGAAAUGGACAAGGUGAUGCAGGAACUGGGGAAGUCGCUAACUGAUCAAGAUGUGAACAUGCUGGCUGCUCAGCACUUUGAUUCCCAGCAGGUCUUGGAGAACAAGUGGAACAAUGAACUAAAACAAACCACGACCAUCCAGAAACAGGAGUAUCAGGAGUGGGUGGUGAAGCUUCACGAGGACUUAAAGAAUCCCAACAGCUCUAUCAGUGAUGAAAUAAAGGUUCAGCCUAAUCAGUGGAGGGAAUCUGUAGAAGGGAACGGAAGACUUUUUGAAGACCAGAGGCAGUUGGAAGAAAGCUUCACAAUUCAUCUGGGAGCACAACUGAAAACCAUGCACAACCUGAGACUACUGCGGGCAGAUAUGUUGGACUUCUGCAAGCACAAGCGCAGUCAUCGAAGUGGCGUCAAACUGCACCGGCUUCAAACGGCCCUGUCUCUUUACUCCACUUCUCUUUGUGGCCUGGUCCUCUUAGUAGAUAAUCGCAUUAGUUCAUACAGUGGGAUUAAAAGAGAUUUUGCAACUGUUUGCCAGGAGUGUACAGACUUUCACUUUCCAGGGAUUCAGGAGCAGCUUGAAGUUGUCCAACAGGUUGUCCUUUAUGCCCGGGCACAACGUAGCAGUAAAUCGAAGAGACUGUAUGAUGCAGCAAACAGAAAUAGUGGUAGUGAUGAUAAAUCUAAGAACUUGGAACAAAACCAGUCAAAUAUUUUGCCUGGAGAAUUCUACAUUACUCGCCACUCAAAUCUCUCUGAAAUCCAUGUUGCCUUUCACCUCUGCGUGGAUGAUAAUGUGAGGUCGGGGAACAUUACGGCCCGGGAUCCUGCAAUAAUGGGCCUUCGAAAUAUCCUCAAAGUGUGCUGUACUCACGACAUAACUACUGUCAGCAUUCCUCUUUUGCUAGUGCAUGAUAUGUCUGAGGAAAUGACAAUAUCUUGGUGUUUGAAAAGGGCCGAGCUGAUAUUUAAGUGUGUCAAAGGAUUCAUGAUGGAAAUGGCUUCCUGGGAUGGAGGGAUUUCUCGGACUGUACAAUUCCUGGUACCACAGAGUAUUUCAGAAGAAAUGUUUUACCAGCUGAGUAAUAUGUUGCCACAGAUCUUCCGUGUCUCCUCUACGCUCACUCUGACAUCCAAACACUGAAUUACCUUGAAGGUUCUGGAAAAAAACUGUAGGAAGAAAAAAUGUGUUUUAAGAUGGGAAAUGCCUCUGUGUUAGGGGUAAUCUGAACAUGGGUAUUGUGCAAGACGGUGGCAAAAGUUAGGAUGCAAGGAGGUUUUUGGUCAGGCAAGGGUUGGAUCUUGUGGAUACAUUGCACUAAUGGAUUCAUGAGAUCCAACCUUAUGAUUGAAGGGCCAGUUUAAAAUUUGCUGUUGGUUCACUGGACUUGCUCUCUGUUAUUCAGUAAAGCAUGAAUUGUAAUAGGUAAAAAAGUCAUAUAACUGUGAAAUAUUUAAAUAAGGCUUUGAUUAAAUGACCUGAGUUGGAGAAUGUGAAGCCCUUUGUAGAUACCAAACAGAAAAUGAUGAUACUCUCUCAUUAUUGUGGAUUUGUGCCUAUAACUAGUUGUUAAUAUUCAGUACAAUAAACGUUGAACAGGAUCACAGGUCCACUGAUGGUUUCAUUCUUGGACUAUUCACAGAACUGAAUUCCCCUUUCAGCAGGAUAGUACUUUGGUGUCUUGAGUUAUGAGAAGCUUGUAACACCAACUGUGGGCUUUAUUUAUUGAAUGUUUUUCAUUUGGACUAGAGUCACCAAAGA